UUCAUCCAUCAUCUUCACAUAGUUUCCGAUUCUCCUGUCAUACAUCGUAUCAAAUAGUCAAACUAUGGUUGUUCUGGCCACGAAUAAACCUUUUUUUCUAACCAUUUUCAUCCUACUGAUGAGAAUUUUGUGUUCGAAGGCAGCACUUGAUGCGCAUUACUAUGAUCAAACAUGUCCCCAAGCUGAGAAAAUCAUCCAAGAAAAUGUUCGCAAUGCUUCCAUUUAUGACCCUAAAGUCCCAGCUCGAAUCCUCAGGAUGUUCUUCCAUGAUUGUUUCAUAAGGGGCUGUGAUGCGUCAGUGUUGUUGGACUCAACUCCACAAAACAAAGCAGAGAAAGAUGGCCCCCCCAACAUCUCUCUCCGGUCAUUCUAUGUGAUUGACGAUGCAAAGAUGAAGCUUGAACACGCGUGCCCCCGUACAGUUUCUUGCGCUGAUACAAUCGCCAUUGCAGCAAGAGACGUUGUUGCCAUGUCUGGAGGACCUUUCUGGAAUGUACUGAAGGGAAGAAAGGAUGGAAGAGUCUCUAGAACUGCAGAAACCAUCAAUUUACCAGCACCAACUUUUAAUGUUUCACAGCUAAUUCAGAGCUUUGCCCGGAGAGGUUUAGGAGUAAAAGAUUUGGUUGCUCUUUCUGGUGGCCACACUCUAGGAUUCUCACACUGCUCUUCUUUUGAAGCUCGCUUGCGUAAUUUCAGUUCAGUUCAUGAUAUUGACCCCAGCAUGAACACAGAGUUUGCAGGGAUGCUGAGAAAGAAAUGUCCAAAACCAAACAAGGAUCGCAGUGCAGGACAGUUCUUGGACCCCACAACAUCAACUUUUGAUAAUAACUACUUCAAACAGGUGGUAGCUGGAAAAGGUGUGUUUGGUUCUGAUCAAGCGCUGCUUGGAGAUUACAGGACUAGAUGGAUUGUGGAAUCUUUUGCCAGGGAUCAGAGUCUGUUCUUCAGAGAGUUUGCUGUGUCGAUGGUGAAGCUUGGACGAGUAGGGGUGACUGAAAAUGGAGAGGUGAGACUGAAAUGCCGGUUGGUGAAUUAAGGCUAAUGAUGGAGAAGCAGAAGAGGUCAUAACUAAAAGACCAGUAAUAAAUCCAGAAGUUUUCCUUCCCUUUCAUCAUGAUAUUCAGUUUAAUAAUGUAUCUAAAAUCAAUAUUAACUAUGUUUUGAAUUGUUUUUGAAUUCAAAUAAAACUUGAUUUUUCUG